CCUUAUCAUUUGUGCUUCGAACUGAGAAGAAGAUCGGUGACGAUCACUGAAGGAUCGCCGUUGUGACAGUGUAGAACACUCCCGUGCAUCGGAACUCGGAUUCCGGGAGUAUGUACCGACCUCUUCUGAUCCUCCUUCGCUAUACAUCAGCGGACGAAUCGCCAUUUUCACUGUGUAACCUUCGCUCGAUUCCCUUUUUCCGCUUCGCCGAGGACAAAGCAUUUCCAUGUCUUGGCAGGUACGCGGUGGUGACGGGAGCGAACAAGGGGAUAGGGCUGGAGACGGUCAGGCAACUGGCGUCGCGCGGAGUGACGGUGGUCCUGACGGCGAGGGACGUGGGGAGAGGGACGGAGGCGACGGAGAAGCUCCGCCGCGAGCAUGGGCUGACGAAUGUGGUGUUCCAUCAGCUCGACGUGCUGGACCAGAAAAGCGUCGACGCUCUGGCCGACUUCAUCCGCGACCAAUUUGGACGGCUUGAUAUUCUCGUGAACAAUGCUGGAGCAUCAGGAGUCAUUAUUGAUGAAGAUGGGCUGAAGGCAAUGAACAUAGACCCUGCCUCUUGGCUCUCGGGCAAAGUGGCCAAUUUGGUUCAGGGAGUGGUAAAGCACAGCUACGAGAGUUCACAACUCUGCUUGAACACAAAUUACUAUGGUUGCAAGAGGGUGACAGAGGCACUCCUCCCUCUCCUACAGCUCUCAACUUCUGGUGCAAGAAUAGUCAAUGUUUCUUCCCUCAGGAGUGAGCUCAGGAGAAUCCCGAGCGAGAAAACGAGGAAAGAACUGGGCGACUUGGACACCCUGACCGAGGAGAAGAUCGACGGGGUCAUAAAAAGAUUCUUGCAUGAUGUGAAAGAGGAUUCUCUCGAGGCCAAUGGGUGGUCGAUCAUGCUUCCGCCGUACAGCGUCUCGAAGGCCAGUUUGAAUGCUUACACCCGAGUUCUCGCCAAGAAGUACCCCAACAUGUGCAUAAAUUGUGUUCAUCCCGGCUACGUCAACACAGACUUGAACUGGCACACGGGGACCAUGACCACUGAAGAAGGGGCUAGAGGUCCAGUCAUGCUGGCGCUUCUGCCAGAGGGAAGUCCCACAGGCUGCUAUUUUGAUCAAACGGAAAUAGCCGAGUUUUGAAGAGCCGAGCUCUUGUAAGAGCUCUUGAUACCGAAGCUGCUUUUCGCAAUGCCUUUUCCGGCUACAGCUGACUGGCGAAACAUAAUGUGGACUUUUUGCAUCAGAUUUACGGGCUAAUAAUUGGUGCAAGAUUCUGGUUUUACACUUCAGUUCAGCCUUCUUGAGAAGAGACAUUAAUCUCAAUGCAAGUUAUGGACACCUCUUUCCUAUAAUUUCAAAAAUCUGAAGAAUCCACUAUCUGAGUUUUUCGUAGCGAGGAUUUGAAUCCCUCUCCUUCGGUUUCCAUUGAUGACUUAGUAUUUAUGGAUCUACACGGAUCCAUGUGUCUUUAUAGAUCCUCUACAUGGAUUAACAAAAAAUUCGCAAAUACCGUAUAUGAAGUAGCAAAUUCUACAAGCAGGACAAAGUGGGACAUCUAGCUCAAUCCACAACAUCCAUUAUUAUCCGACCACUUA